UGACCGGACAAGUAUGCUUCUGGUCCUCGCAACGAAAUGAUGGUUCCUAACUUGUUGAGCUGAGUCUUACCGUUAGUUGUGCAUUGCUGACUUGAAAAUUUCGAGCGCACAAGAACCCUAGGUUUUGGAUUGACACUUGACUCAAAUUUUUCUAGAUUCCACAUGGUGGAACUAGUUGUAUAUAGAGACAGCAGCCAAGAGAUAGGCCUGCCUUCCCUUCAAGAAAGCAUUCUUAUUAAAGUUUUAUCUAGUGUUCUGCUUCUUUUUUGUCAGAAUUUCUUUACAAGAUUUGAACAAUCUUAUAGUAGGAUCUCUGCACUAAUAUUGAAUGAAAGAAGUUAUGUAUGUUCACUGGUGAAAACAUUUGACACUAUAAGUAGCUGAUUAAAACUUUGUCAACCAUCGAGCUAACUGUUGGUUGGUGGUCUUCUCAGGGAUUCCAACCUAUGGUGAUAAACAAUAUGGGAAUCUUAUGAUUGUUUGACAUAGUAAGAAUGCCUUCGCUCAAAUGACCAUCGAAUGAAUGUGAUUUAAUUAUUCUCUAUAUUUCUUUUAGGUAGUUGUAGUUUAGCUGAUCUCGAUGCUUGAACUUAUAGCUUAAUCUUUCUUUUACCAAUUCUUAGCAAGUGCACAUCUCUAAUCCAUUGACUUACAAUAAAGAGGGAAUAAGACACAAAGAUUUCUCCUUCUCUGACCAAAGCCCCUCUGCUGAAAGGAAAAAGAAAAAGAAAAAGAAAAACAGGUACAAAGAACCAGUAUUAAUCUGCAGGCUUCGUAGAGAGUCCCAAAAACGGAAAAAUAACUAGCUGCACAGAAACUUUAAUCUAAAGAAGGAAAGAGAACGUUGCCUCAAAAAAAAAAAAAAGAAAGAAAGGUAAAGGAGAAAAAAUUCAUCGCUCAGAAACAAGAACAUUCAGCACAAACUGUGCAACAAGGAGGAAUAGGACGGGCACAUCCUGAAAUUUUAAUAAAGGUUUUUGGUAGGUAUCGCAACAUGUAAUAGAAUUGAUUGCUGGGUUGAAAUCUACUUACAGAACUUGCAUGGAUUGACCGCUAAUGUAUCUGCUGGAAGCUACCUCUGUUAAAUUGUGAGCCAACAUUGAUUACCAUAACGAAACGAGUGCGGAGGAUUAAUUUAGUAAUUGGACAGCAAGUUCCAGAGGGAGAGAUCAGUGAAUUGUCCUAGAGUUUCAGCAGCCUUUCUAUAUUUUCUCUUUCAAGUUCAGUCUUCCAUCAUUCCCACCUAAGUUUGCCCGAGAGUUUUAGGAACCUUUCCCAUAUUUUUUUUCCUCUCAAGAGUCAAGACUCGAGCAGUCCGCGUAUACAAGUAAUCUCUCUGACCAUGAAAGCAAAGCUAACAACAAUUAAACAGUGCGCUUACCUCUUCAAGGAAAGCGCCUUCGAUGGAGGCAAGGCAAUUGAGGUUCUUCGCUAACGCCGUGCUGAUGAUGGCAGUAGGUUCACCAAGAGAGAGAGCAAAAUAGAAGUCGACGAUUCCCCUUCCUCCGCUCGAAUCCACCGUUGGAUCAAUGAGUGACGGCAUUCGGAUUGCUUUGAGAUAUGCGCGGAGCGCGAUCCAAUGGUCGACAACAUCAUCCUUUCGCGCGAAAGACGGAACCCGAACCCGUUCAUAGGUAGGUAGGUAGCUUGGAUGUGGAAACUUUCCCGUUGAUUGGGUCCGCGAUGAUCAAUCACAGGAGUCAAUUUUUAACCGUUAAAAUCAUUAGGCCUGGUCAGACCAAACCUUACCUCAUCACUUCGACCCUUUCUUAAUCCACAAUUCAGCCACUGGCUGAAUUCCGGAAGCCGGGGGCCCGCUUGCAAUUAAUUCAAUAUCCCAGUUGGAUGCUCUGCAUCGAGACCUGUUCAUCCUCAAGGAGCAAGACCUCUUCUCACAGUGCGACGCUCAGAACAGAACAACAUGGUAACGAUAGGCAAGGAAACCUCCUCGUCAUACUGCUCGAUCGUAAUCCUGUGGGCAAGGAUGGAGCUCUGAUGAUGGAGUCGAAGAAGGCGAAGAUCGUGGCAGCCUCUUCGGUCGCCGGCCUCCUCAUACUGCUCGUAAUCCUGUGGGUAUGCCUCGGCCAUUCUACUGCCUUCUUCCUCAUCGCAGGCUUCGACGGGGCAGCAAUCCUUGCGAUCUUCGUGUGGAUAUCGAUCCUGCGCCCCUCACUCGACCGGAGAAGGAUGUCGAUGGCGAGGCGGUCGGCCCUCGAAGGGGAAGAGCUCCGCAUCGAGUACAGUUUCCUCCGAAAGGUGGCCGGCUUGCCGACCAAAUUCCGGUACGAAGUCCUCGCAGCCGCCACGGACGACUUCCAGGCCUUGAUCGGGCGCGGGUCGUCGGCGUCGGUGUUCAAGGGGAUCCUCGACGAUGGCACCCCUGUCGCCGUGAAACGGAUCGAGGGGGCUGAGCACGGCGAGCGCGAAUUCCGAUCGGAGGUCACGGCAAUAGCCAGCGUCCAGCACGUCAACCUCGUCCGCCUCCUGGGCUACUGCCUCAUCCCGGGGGGGGCGAGGUUCCUCGUCUACGAGUUCAUCGCCAACGGCUCGCUGGACCGCUGGAUCUUCCCCGAAGGGAAGGAAAUCGAAUACAACGGCGGCCAGCCGCGGCAGCAGCAGAUGAGGAGAGGAAAUCGGUGCUUGCCAUGGCGGCUGAGGUACAGCGCCGCGAUAGACGUGGCCAAGGCCCUGGCCUACCUCCAGCACGACUGCCGUGCUCGGGUGCUGCACCUCGACGUCAAGCCGGAGAACAUACUGCUGGACGAGAGCUUCCGAGCUAUCGUGUCGGACUUCGGGCUAUCGAAGUUGAUGGGCAGGGACGAGAGCCGGGUGGUGACCACGGUCCGGGGCACCCGAGGCUACCUGGCCCCGGAGUGGCUGAUAGACUGCGGGAUAUCGGAGAAGUGCGACAUCUACAGCUACGGGAUGGUGCUGCUGGAGAUGGUCGGAGGGCGGCGGAACGUUCAGCUGGUCGGCGGCGGCGGCGGCGGCGGCGCGUCGUCAAGGAAGUGGUCCUACUUCCCGAGGAUCGUGAGCGACAGGGUGAGGGAGGGGAGGCUGAUGGAGGUGGUGGACGAGAGGCUGGUGAGAGGAGGAGGAGGGGUGGAGGAGAGGGAGGUGAGGACGUUGGUGUACGUGGCCUUGUGGUGCAUCCAGGAGAAGCCCGAGGCCCGGCCCAGCAUGGCCCGGGUGGUCGACAUGCUGGAAGGGAGGAUGGAGGUCGAUCUCCCGCCGGAGACGGAGAUGAUCAUUCACGACCUCUUGCCCUCCUCUCCACGGAGAAGGACGACUAAUAAUAAUAAUAAUCGCCAUCAUCGCAAUCAUGAUCAGCGGUUGAGCCAUGCGGCUGAGCCUUCCAUGUCCAUGUCGUAUGAAAUCGAGACAUCAUUUCUAUCCGGUCGGUAGAUGGCACCGGUUUUGUUGUUCCUACAAGUUUUGAGGCGGGAAUUCAUCGCCUUGUAAUUUUUCAGAUGAUUAAUUAGAGUUUCGGUGGCAAACGAGACAACC